UUAAAACAACCUUUCCUAUCCUGAGGGCAGACACCAGUCUGCAUAUUUUGGAUUUUUGCGAAGAAGAUUCAGUCGAUACCGUGCUGAAUGCUCGCACCAAUCCUGCCAAUCCCAAGCCAAAGGAUGCGUCAUCUACUAGCGAUGAGGUGCCUGGGGCGAUUGGUUUUACCAGCAGGAUGCACCAAGAAAGAGAAGACUCCGAUGGCAAACAGGGAAAAAACAGCAAAAUCCGUUAAAAGAAAAAUUGCAAAAUUUUUCCGUACAAUGGGGAAGAAGAUUAUGAGCCCCUUUGUUCACUGCUUCGGGAGGAACAAAGUGGUACCUUUCAUACCCUCCCCAGAGCUGAAACCGGGGAAUCCGGGGAAGGCCAAUGAUGAUCUGGUCAAAUCACAGAUGAAGAUCAGUUCCGGGAUGAAGGGUGAUGAUAAUAUUGCCCAUCCCGUGGCAAAGGCAGACUAUGAUCUGCCAAAUACUACAAAGACUGUUGAUGUAUCGUCCGCCACCCAGCAUUACACUGGCACUUAUUCCAUCAGUAAUGGACUUAAGGCUACCGAUGACCAAGCCUUAACCAAGCUGGGGCCAGAGAAACGUCUGACCAAUUUCGUCUUGAACUCUGAUGCCAGUUCAGCCGAGCCUCAGAUGACUGGCAUUUAUUUGGUCAGCGACGGACAAAAGGUUGAUGAAACAGAUGAGGGGCUUGGGGCGAGUGGCUUUACCUGCAGAAUGUACCAAAAAAGCCAUGAAUCUGAUGACAAACAGGUAGCCAUCGAGCAGGUUUUGGAAUGGAAACAUAAUCCUUACACUGAUACUAAGGCUAACAACAAUUCAGAUGAUGCCAAAUUUAAGACUGGCACCAUUCCCAAGACAAAGGGUUUCAUUAUUCCAUGUGAACCCAAGGAGAAGACGGACACCAACCCUGCCAAUCCCAAGCCAAAGAAGCCAACCUCAUCUACUAGCCAUGAGGUGCCUGGGGCGAUUGGCUUUACCGGCAGGAUGUACCAAAACAGCCAUGAAUCUGAUGGCAAACGGGUCAACAUCAAGCAAGUGUCAAAAUGGACCCGUAACCCCUGCAUUGAUAUUGCGAUGCCAAAUUAAAGACGGGCACCAUUCCCAAGGCAAAGGUUGGCACAGGUGUUGGCAAUCCAGUUCGAAAGCCUAUUGUUAUUCCAUGAAGUAUCAUGGUGAAGACAGACAACAAACCUGCGGUUCCCAAGAAGACGGCUGGUUUUCAUCCACGUGAUACCAAAGUGAAGGCAGACCCCAAACCUGCCAUCCCUAAGAAGAUGCCUGUUUUUUAGCAGCGUGAUACCAAAUGUGAAGGCAGUAACUAAACCUGCCAUUCCCAAGAAGACAGCUGGCCCCAGUUUUGAAUUUUUGAUUUGAAAGUUGAUAGAAGUCACUCUAUCAAAAGAACCUCUACAGACCAGUACAUGUGUUUAAGUGUUAACAAACAGCUGCAGGGUUCUGUUAAUAAAUGUUGGUUUACCCUCUGUUUAGGCAGGGAAGAUUAGCAUAACGUGCUAAAAUUUGUGUUAUCCUCUGUUUAUCAGAGAAGAAAUUUUGGUUAUCCUCUGUUUAGGCAGAGAAAAAUUUGGUUAUCCUCUGCUUCGUCAGAGAAGAAGCUUGGUGUAUCUUUUGUGUAUCAGGGAAGAAGCAUUUUGGUUAUCUUCUGUUUAGCCAGAGAAGUUUGGUUUAACUUGUUUACCACAGAUUGUUAAAAGAAAUCCACUUUAAGGAAAUAAUGGUUAAAAGGCAUCCUGGACUGAUUCCCACAACUGAGAAAGGUGGACUUGCAACCCCUUUAUGGUCAGACAAUGAGUUUAGCUCAAUCCUGAAUAAUCACAUGGAUUCUAUUGUGUCAGAAUCAGUUAGACAGAAUCUAACACAGAAAUUUGGUAUUGAUCCAGAUAGGACGUGGACUCUUGAAGAGUGUAAGAAAGUUUUGGGGGCCUGUGUUAGAAAGAACAACACAAAAGGCAUUAUCUACUGUUACAGAGAAUGCAGUUUGGCUUUAGCUGCAAAGCAAACUGAGUGUAUUGCAAAACUAGAGAAGAAAAUUCAAGAUUUGUGUUCUCAUGCUAUCUCUCCUAAUGAGAAGAUAGGCCAUGACAUGUCUUCACUAGAAGACAAUCAGAAACAACACUCAGAUGUUCAUCCUGACUUACAGUCUGUUAGACAGGAACACAGUGUUUGUGUUAAUCACAGAAAUAAUACAAGUGACAAAACAUGUGAUUCAGUUAAGGUGUGUGGAGCAAGGAAAAAGGCUCAAAGUGAAAAUGUUGGAACUGUAUUUCCUUCAAUGUCAGUAGUCCAGCUACAAGAUGUAGCCCCAGAAACAAUAGAUAGACUUGCUGAGAGUUUAAAAGGGGGAUGAGUUUAUUUAGAAUUUAAGAUGUUGAUAGCUCCUAUGUUGACAGGGACAGACUAGGACACAUGGACCAGUGAGGAGCCCAGGGCAGAACUGAAUGCAAUAAGCGUCGGGGGCCAAACCCUGUGGUGAAGAUUCCCUCAUAGCUUUUUCCCCUCAUGUAGUUCAUCCUCACCUCACCUGGUCCUUAGGUCAGGGUUCCCGCGGGGUCUUAAAAAGUCUAAAAUUCAGAAUGUUAAAUUUAAGGCCUUAAAAAGUCUUAAAAACACCCAGAUUUUGAGCCUAGGUCUUAAAUUUAUUUUACGCAAGUCUUAAAUUUCUUACCUCCAUUCAUUCCCGAAAAGCUUUGUCCGCAGAAAAUAUAAUAGUAAUUUAAAAAGCUGAAGAACUAACUUAAUCAGUGGCGGAGGCAGAAAGUAUGAUGGGUGCGUAUCUAAAAAGAAAUGUUCCGCACUUUGUCAUAAUCCACGCAAAUCGUGCCAUAAGCUAUAUUUCAGGUGUUGUGAUCUGACUGUAUAAUACUGUGGGGUUUGGCGAGAAACAACCCUUAAAUUUAGUUUUUUAUAAGCAAAAAUCUUUUUCGGGGUAAUUUAACCAACUAGCCCGUGGCUUACCUGAGCAUUUGCCAGGUUCUGAAACAUAGAGGACACAGAAGCGGAAAAAAAUCAUCAACACUGCUUUAUUGAAAAUCAACUUAAACAGUCGGGCCGUCGAGUCACCAACAGCGUGUCAACUUUAGCGUUAAACAGUUUUAUAUUUUAGACUUUAAUAUUGCUCUCUGCUGCAAUGCACUCGAACCAAACGCGCUUCCCCUUCAGCUCUCCACAAACAGCAGCGAUUGGUGGACGGAAAGCAAGAAAGUACCGUAAUAAACCAUAUAUUUCCAAAAAGCACAAUUGUCUUCUUUCAGGUACAAUUCAAACUUUUUUGAUAGCGCAAAUGCUUCAGGAGUUACGGUUAAAUCAAUAGCGGUAGAAUCAGAGACCUGUAGCCUCUGGAGCUCGCAUGGGCAGGCUGCUGCAUACGUUCAUCAAGCCUGGUUUAUUUAACUGAGCAUUACAUUCGCAAGUCAUAAGCAUAUUAGAACAAUUUACAAUUAAAUAAGAAUAAUAAUUAAUAUUUUAAAGUUAAUUUCAAUGUGAAUAUUCUGAAAUAAGCCAGUCUUUUUGACGUAUGCAGCCUAGAAAUGCGAUCCUUCAGAGUGUACAGCCUUCGGAUUGAGAAACAGUCAAUGGAUAACGUUAGCAACACAUAACAAACCGCGAACAGCUUUUUAAUGGUAAAUUUCGUUUUCUUAAUGCAGUUUCAUCCGUUAUUGUGUGUAAUUAGAAAGGCUAUUAAAUGUGAUGACGGAUAUAUAGUGCAUAUUUAUGCAUAAAACGUACGGGUGGAGUGUUUUUGGCUCCGUGAUUCUGCUGGUUUAUUCAAUUAAAUGCAAUAAAUUAAUUUAUUAAUAACUUGCAUUAAUAUAAUGCAUAUAUUAAUGCUUUUAGGGAUUAAUCAUAAUUGAAAAUGAUCUUUUGUUCUUAAUAUAUUUAUAAAUCAAACAGGCAUAAUAUACACAGCACACAGUCAGUUGUACAUUAUAAACAGGCUAAGAAUAAUAAUUAUGAAUUAAAACAUUAUGAAUUAAACAUUAUGGGGUGGUUUACCGGACAGGGAUUAGUUUAAGAGAGGACUAAGCCAUAUUUUAAUGAAGUAUAACUAGUUUUAACAAACAUGCCUUACUAAACACAUUACUUUUGUGCAUUUUUAUGUAUUUUAAGAUAUGUCAGUGCAAGUUGUUUUCAGUAGUCUAAUCCCUGUCUGGGAACCCCCCCUAUAAGCUUACAUACUACACAGUGUGAUGCAUUUUAAAGCUUUAAAGUUGUAUGAGGCAGUGUAAAACUAGGCACAAACCAGCAGCUGACCAUACUAAGAGAUCUCAUUUUAGUGGAUUUUAUUUGUCAAAAAACAUUGUUGAUAGAAUUUUAUAAAAAUACUACUUACAGAUAUUUGUGUGAUAUAUAGAUAUUGUAAAUUAAUGCAUUUCUUGACUAUUAAUUAAGAAAAAUCUUAGCUCUUUCUUCUGAAGUCUCCAUGAAUCACGUGACGGCCGAGCUUUUUGGGCUUCCAUUGUCAGAAGUCUCUUCCUAAAUGGCUGUGGGUAGAAUAGGGUUAAGCAUAAUGUAUUUUCAUGUAUUUUAAUUAUCUGUUUUAAUACUGUGUUUAUUUUAUAUUUUUCUAUAACUGAAUCAAUAAAAAUAGAACGUUUUGAGAAUUUCUGAGAUAAUUCGUGUUAGUCUUAAAUUUUACUCAUAAUGGUCUUAAAAGUUCUUAAAAAGGUCUUAAAUUUAACUUGCUGGAACCUGCAAGAACCCUGUUAGGUGUCAAACUAAAACAGACUAGGUUAAAAAAAUAAAAAUCUAUACGAUCACAAGGAAGUUAAAAUGAUAUGAUAACAAGGAUAUUUUAAACAUAAAAUGUAGUAUGAGAGUACUGCUCUUUCGUGUCUUUCUUUUUGUGUUGCAGAUACUGGACAUGACAGUGACACCCUGGUGUGAGUCACCCUGGAUGCGUUUACACAGACCCCAUCCUGCCGUAAUGGUUAUCUGAUUAAAGGUUUUGCCAUCAAAGUCAAAGUCAUCAAAUCCUCCUCAAAACAAAACAAGUCAAAGGGAUAUCAACAUCAAGUCCUAUACAAUAGACCGGUGUUGUUGGGUAACUCCAGUAUAUAGUUUGCCACCGUUUGCCACUGAACCUGCAUUAACGACGACAGUGGGGCCUCUGGCCUUAGUCAAACGGGUUGGCACGCAUGGUCACCAAAAUCCUCCACAACACAAAACAAGUCAAAGUUUUGCCAUCAAAGUCAUCAAAAUCCUCCUAAAAACAAAACAAGUCAAAGUUUUGCCAUCAAAGUCAAAGUCAUCAAAUCCUCCUCAAAACAAAACAAGUCAAAGUUUUGCCGUCAAAGUCAUCAAAUCCUCCUCAAAACAAAACAAAGUCUGCGGCUGCGCCGACUGCCGCCAGAAUAAAGUAAUGUACACGAUCAAAACACUAUCAAAACUCUGAAAAGCGACACGGAUGCAGCAGAAAAUUGAUAAUUUGGGCAUUUUAAACAGAUUAAAAGAUUAAUGGACGCUUUUUUUAUUUUUGAGGUUGCUUGCAAAAUCCAUUUGGCUCAAAAAUCCGAGGGGGCACGUGCCCCCUCAGUUUCAAUGGGCAUGACGCCUCUGCAUACACUUACAAGGAAUAACUUUCUGUCUGUCAGGACCCUCCUCCUUCUGGACACUCCUGCCUCUGGACCCUCCUCCCUCCAUCAGAUGACCAAACAUUUGGAAAGAUGACACCGGCCCUGCAAGGACUUCAGACAAUGCCUUCUUUAGAUCAUAAACUGUUUACAAUGUUUUAAGUUGUAAUGAUUAGAAAUGUGUUUUUAAUGUGUAUUUUACAUGUGUACUUUUGUGUCCUCCUGUAAAGCCGCUUUAUUACAUAAAUGUUAAUUGACAUGUACUUGAAUGUAACUACUCAACAAGGUAUACAUCAUAAUCAUACUUCAAUAAAUUUCAAUAUCUGUCAAUAAGAAAGCUAUUAAAAAUAUAAACAUUUUAUAUUCUAAUUUAAUGAUUGUAGUAUUAUUUUAUGAUUGUAGUAUUAUUUUAUGCCCUCUUAUGUAUGCCAUAUUAUGUAAAUAUUGAAUCACACUAUGUUUUGUUACUUGGAAUUUGUUCUUGUAUCUUAUAUUUGUGAUUAUUGCAAUAAAUAAACAAAAAUACCUUACGUUUCUCAUACUCUGCAAUGU